AUGGCGACGGUUAGGCGAAUCAUACCUCACACUGAACGGGGAAAGGCGACCCGACAUAAUUACGUGAAUAUGUACGCGGAGGCGGGGACGCUGGAGACAGGGAGCGACGACGAGUUCAUGCCAACCGUGCUCUACGGUGGGCUGCAGUCACCAGGAAACGCGGUAACGCCAGGGGGGUCGACCCUACCGAACGAUGGGGCCGAUGCGGAGGAGGAUGACGAGCCAAUCCCUGCUCAUAUAUUGAACAACGACUGGAGCUGGCUGGAGUUCGGCGACGACGGCAGCGAAGACGGGGCUUCGGCGGAUGUGGAAGAGGUGCCGCAGAAGGGCGCGCGGGUGGAUAGCGGGUCGAACAACGAUGCAAGCCGUGUUGCGACACUGGAGGCGGAGCUGCGGGCAUUGAUGGGGAAAGUAGCCCAGCUCAGCGGGCAAGUCGUUAAGAGGCAAGAGGAGCCGGAGGGUCAAACGGGGCAAAAUGUGGAAAAACCCGCUGUGGCCAUUGUCGAGAGUCAGCCGCCCGUUCCGGUCGUCACCAAGCCAGCCGCAACACCCUCCCGGAAACCCCAGGUGGCCGCUACCGUCAGGGCAGACCAUGAAAGCCCUGACAACCCCGCGUCCAAGGGCACUUCAGGUGUGCGGAAGGAUAGGCAGCGGCUUUCCGACAUGAAGGAUGCACCCCACUUACCGCCGAAUCCGCUGAUGUAUGAUCCGCUCCUUGAAUCCCCAAUCACGCAACCGGAAAGCCGUGAGGACGAUGGUGACCGUCCCAGCACACUGGAUGCGCGGCCCCUGAAGCGUAUGCUAUUCUCAAACCCCCUGGAGUCUCUUCUCCGUACCGAGCUCCCACCCAGGCAGGAUGACUUGGGGAGCGGUGGGAGCCAUGGAAUGGGGAGGACCGAUGAACCUAUCCUCGACAGGCAGGGCAAUACCCAUGGCAGAAACAUGUCCUCUCAGCAUUACGAGGAGGGGCCUUGGCGUUUUGGCGGGAAGCGGGGCAGGGGCGACGAAAGCGUUAUCAUUGUGGUUGACUACGACCCGGAAGAGCGGGUCCCCGGUCUACCGCGCUCAAUGCCUAAACCCAAGCCAUUCAGGGCAUACGCCAAGCAUGCAAUGGAGUUACAGCUUCGUCACACCACGGCAUGGGCGGUCACCUACUUCCCAAAGAACAGCGUUAGGAACGAGGCCCUUCUACUUGCUCUGCGGAGGCACUAUGACGUGGUGGCAAUCGACAUAAAGGUGGCGAUGGAUGACACUGCAUACAGUGGGGUGGUGGGGAACGUGUGGACGAAGUUCAGGAAUGAAUCGUCGACGGACGCGCGUCAUUACAUCUACCGAGUGCUGCGGAUCGAUGCACGGUCGUCUGGGAAGUACAAGAUGGCUCUAACUCCCAAAGCGAAGAAGUACAUUUGGGGGAAGAUUGGGCAGAGUAAGACGCAUGAUGUGGACUUUGGCCUCCAGAACAUGCGGGACAACACAGUGCACCUGAGUGGCAGCCCAUUGGAGAUGGAGAGGUGCAUGGAAACGGCCACUGAGCUGGUGUGGGAGGUGGUGCAGAUGUGGUUGCGGCUGGCUAGGGGGCAGUGGUACGACCCCCGGGUUAGGGCGUACCGUUGGGGGGAUAAGGGGCUGUACAUUAACGAAAGUGGGCUUGAAGAGUUUAGGCCGGAGUGCUUUGCUGGAACCCGUGCUGCCGAUAGCGGGGAUGCAAGCCCGUGGAUUAUUCGCCGCUAG